CUAGACUGCCGCUCACAUAACCUCCAAGUUGUCAAAAACAGCUGAUCCAUUAGGGGGUGUUUGUAAACUGUCUGGACCAUGUCUCACCUGCAAGGAGGCAAAGUGGACGUAUCCCUAAUUCAGGUCGCAGCCCGAAACAGUUUAAUUAACCUUUUGGAAAAAUGCGUCGGGCCGAAGGCCAUCGUCUGGGACAACUCGCUUGCGGGCCCGGUCGGACUCGUCGCACAAUACGUCACGUUAAAGGAGUACGAGGUGAUGAAAAUGUUCCCCCUGCGCGACUCCCCCCUACCCUCGGUCGACGUUCAGCACGUCAUCUUCAUAACUCGGCCCAAACUGCACCUGAUGGAUUUGGUCGCGCAGAACGUUCACAACGAUUCCAAGUCGUCGAGCGACCCGAAGAAGCAGUACCAUCUGUUUUUCGUUCCGCGAAAAAGUCUACUCUGCAUAAAGCGGUUGGAGCACAGCGGCAUGUUCGGCAGUUUGACGUUGAUCGAGGAGUUCAAGUGCGACUUUUUUCCGUUCGAUUCCGACUUGAUCUCCAUGGAGCUGCCCGAGGUUUACAGCGAUUACUACAUAGAGAACGAUCCCACGAGCCUAUACCACGUCGCCCAAGCCAUACUGCUCCUGCAAAAGUUUUACGGGCCAAUCCCGCGCGUAUGGGGACGAGGAAUGGCCGCCAAACAGGUGUGGGAUCUACUGACGCGCCUCCAGCGCGAAAACCUAACGAGGGACGUCAAAGAAAAUCAGACGUCCUGCAUCGACCGCCUGCUAAUCAUCGACCGGUCGGUCGAUCUAAUUUCGCCGCUCGCGACCCAGCUCACGUACGAGGGGCUGAUCGACGAAAUUUUCGGAAUAAACAAUACGACCGCCAAUUUUCCGCCGGAGAAAUUUCUAAGCAACGAGGAGAGGAAUACCGAUUCGCUGUCGGAGGACAAAAAAUCGUUCAUUUUAAACUCGGGCGAUAAGCUGUUCUCGGAACUGCGCGAUAAGAACUUCAACGCGGUCGGGCCGUUCCUCUCCAAGCAGGCGAAGCUGAUGAACGCCCAAUUCGAGGGCGAUCACGAGAAGAGCAUGGAGGAGAUGAAGCGGCUCGUUAAGAAUUUGAAGACGAUGAUGGCGAACAAGAGCCUGUUGGCCAGGCAUACGGCGAUCGCCGAGUGCAUCAAGGAGAAAACCGACGGUUACGAUUUCCUGGACUGUUUACAGGCGGAGCAGGAAUUUUUAAAUUGCAUCGAAGUCGAUCGUGCCAGUCCGUUUAUCGAGGACCUGAUCGCGCAGAAAAGGCCUCUGAUUAAAGUGCUGCGAUUGAUCUGUUUACAAUGUAUUGCCAGUUCGGGGUUAAAACCGAAAGUGUUGGAGUAUUACAAGCGUGAACUUGUUCAGGUGUACGGUUUGAGAGCAUUUUUAGCUGUGACCAAUCUGGAAAAAGCCGGUCUGUUGAAGGUCCAAUCCAGCACAAGACACUACACGGUCUUACGAAAGGCGCUACAUUUAACGGUGGAAGACAGCUCGGAAGUCAAUCCGACCGAUAUUAGCUACGUGCAUAGUAUAUACGCGCCGCUUAGUAUAAGACUGACGGAGCAGCUGCUCAAGGGAGGCGGUUGGAAACAGUUGCAAGAUGUUCUCGGCUUACUACCAGGGCCGACGGUUGAUGAGUCGCAAACGACAUCGGACGUACUAAGUGAGAGCACCAAUUCCAAUGUGGUCCUCGUCUUUUUCAUAGGCGGCUGUACAUUCGCCGAGAUUUCCGCCCUCCGAUUUUUGUCUCAACAAGAGGAGCUGAACGUUGAGUUUGUGAUCGCCACCACGAAAUUAAUCAAUGGAAAUACGUUUCUUGAAAGUAUAAUAAACACAGACGCUUAAAGUA